GGGAGCCUCUGCGGGAAGGGGCAGGCCUCGCCGGGACGGUCAGCGGUGCCGCUGGGAACCAGCUCUUCUCCACUGCCAGCUUCUCUUUUCCCCAAAACCACCGUCUCGAGGACGCCCGGGGGCCCAGGGAAAUCCUGUCCUCUGAACAAUGAAGAUCUUAGACCCCGGCUAACCCUUAGACGCGCAAACUGUCUGUGAAUCCCUCCGUGCUCUUCUGAAGCAGAUGUUGAAGUUCUUCAGAAGGAUCUUCUCUAUUCACACACGGUGCCUGCGUGAGAAGAGAGAAGGCUCCCAACGAUCUUGUGUGUGAGGGGUGAGCCAUGCUGGGCCGGAAAACAGGACUUCCCCACGACCUGAACAGCCACCGCCAGCUGAACCAGUCCUACCAGGAGGCCGUGCCCCUGCGGACCAGAGCAUCCAAGGAGACAGAUGUCAGUUUGGAGGUGUUCAGUGGCUCAACGCCCGAAAUCAAACAGAGCCGGAGCAGAGCCCAGCAGAUGCGGGACAGGAAAAGCCGCAAAGCUGAUGUCAAAGACUCCAACGGGAGAGAGGCAGAAACAAUCACCUUUAUUUCUGGUACAGCGGAGGCUCCCCCAAACCAGAGCUUCUGCUGUUCCUCUCUGUCUCAGGCCUGGAAUACAUACAAGGCUGUUUUCUGUUGUAUAGUGACCUGUGGGGGCUGCUUUCAGGACUGCAGUGUCUGUAUCCCCUAUCCGGGGCCCACCGAGACCUCCACUGAUGAUGGAAAGAACGGAGAUUAUAACGGGCGACUGCCAAACAGCCCCGCCAACGUCUCUCCCACUGAGAAGAAUGGGAACCAGAUCAAAAAGUCCAGCAUGGGUAGCAGUUUCAGUUACCCAGAUGUGAAACUGAAGGGCAUUCCUGUUUAUCAAAACAGGAGCCCCAGCCACCACCUGGAAUCGGAUUCAUGCUGCAAAGAGCUACUCCCAGAGAAGCCCUUCAGGAACAGCAUAGAAAAGCCACCACUCCCCAGCAGCCACCGGAGUUCAGAGGAGUAUUAUUCCUUCCACGAGUCCGACCUGGACAUCAGCGAGCUGAACGGCUCCAUGUCCAGCAGGGAGAUCGACGUCCUGAUCUUCAAGAAAUUAACGGAGCUCUUCAGCGUCCACCAGAUCGAUGAGCUGGCCAAGUGCACAUCAGACACUGUCUUCCUGGAGAAGACCAACAAGAUCUCAGACCUCAUCAAUAGCAUAACUCAGGACUACAACCUGGACGAGCAGGAUGCUGAAUGCAGGCUGGUCCGAGGCAUCAUACGCAUCAGCACCCGGAAAAGUAGGGUCCGGCCCCAUAUUUCUAUCCCAGCCAGCCAGAGCCACGAGGAGAAGUCCAGCAGAGGCAAUGCCCCAGACAGCGGGAACGAAACGAUGCUAGAGUCCAUGGUCAUCAGCCAAGACGAUCUGGCUGUGCAAAUAUCGGAAGAAACACCAGCAGAUGUGAUGGCCAGGAACAUGAGGCGGCACAGCAGCGCAGGCUCUCCAACAAGCAGAGAUUCUUCUUUCCAAGACACAGAGACUGACUCAUCUGGGGCACCUCUGCUUCAGGUGUAUUGUUAAGGAAAAGGACCCAAGCAGCAGCAGGAGUUCCAAGGCUCUGCUGCAAUCAGAUUUCUCCUCUUUCAAUAUGGAGUGUGCUAUGCCACAUUUUUUUUUCCCCCCCAGUCUACCCUGAUCCUUUGUUGAAGCCAAAUUUCUCCUGCUGUCUGAAUUUCACUGGAUUUUUUUUUUUUUUUUGGACUAUGUAGAACAUCAAGGAAGUGAACUUGUGCAGCUGAUGAACUUGGGAGGUGGAAUGUGUGCCCAGGGAGGAGAAGAUGGACGAGGAAGUAUCACAUAACUUGUGCCUCUAUGAUUUCCAUCCUUCAGGUGUAGCUUCAGCAACCUCAGUGGCCCAGUCCUUUCCCUGCUUUGAGGUUCUUUGUACAGUUUUUGCUUCCUGGCGUUGCAUAAGUUAACUUGGGUAGGGAAUAACUGGAUGGUGUGUCUGUGUUUGUGCUGAUGCUAUAGUGAAGGCCAAGCCCCUGCUCUCUAGGGACCCAAAUCUCUAAAGUGGCUGGGUUUGUCCCAAAAACCAAAGUCCUCUAGCCCUGGUGUUUGCAGUAGCCAGAUGUGCCUCCUUCCUGCUGACCUUUAGUGGUGUUGUCAUCUGCUGCCUUGUAAGGAGAAGGUUCAGGUAAUGUGGUUUGUUUACUCUUUGCCCUCUUGGCGUGUCUGCCGAGAGAGUGCCCCUCGUGGAGGGGUGGGGUGCCCGGCCACCCACCCUGCUCGCACUUCCCGAGCAGAUCACAGGGAGCAGCUCUGCAGCCGCUGCCAGUCCGACGUGAACUGCGGGCAUGAGGUGUUAACCAACUGCACGUGCUGACCCGUGCCGUGCAGUCACCUCUUCCUCACUCCUCCACCUUCCCCUGUUACCCUUGGUGUCCCUGGGCCAGCCUUGAGCUCGGGUUAUGGCAGCUGAAGGAAAUAGUCAGUUCAUUUUUAAGUUUUUCUAACUAAUUUGACUUAUUCUGCUGGAAACUCUCUUAAAAGUGGCUUGCUUCAAAAGGAAAGCCUCUCCUGAGAGUCUCCAGAGGGUCUGUUAGGAACUGCUUGGUCCUGCCUUUGCCCGGUGGGUGCUCGGCGCCGGCUCCUUCCCUUCGCCCCUCUCCAGCCACCCGCCGGAGGCCAGAGAUGUGAGUUGCUAAUCUGAGGGCACCACACCAGGCGACCUUGAGGGCUGCAGCAGGAGGAGGCUCUAUUUUACUGGUGUUGCCACUUGGUUUUUUAUCAUAAAGUAAACACGUGAAGCCAUGGGACCUGUUUAUACAUUCGGGUGCCCUUGGACAUGAAUAGAAAACGCUUAGUUGAAUUUAACCAGCCAUAGAAUAAACGCCCACUGUUUUCUGGGGAGAGGAAAACCAAAAUAGGCCCUGUGAUUUGGUGUGGACCACAUUUUUGUGCCUUAAUUGAACUGAAUCGUGCCUUAAUUGAACUGAAAUGUGCCUUUAUUUCGUAGCCUGUGAUUACUCUUCAAAAGCCUGGAUAGGGGGAAAAGGAUUUAAUAUUUUCACAUGAGCACUCAGGCUUAUUUAACCAGCCAAAGCCCUUUAACAGGGACUCGAACUGUACAUUUCAGAGCCUGUUUUUGUAAACUGCUCAUAUUUCAGAGCAUGCUUUCAUAAACCAUGGACAGUACUGAGAACACACCUUGAGACACUGACAGAGAGAGAUGUUUGAAAAUAAAGGGGAGAGACCGAGAUGUGGAUUUUGCGUCCCCUCCCUGCUUUGUUUUUAAAGCUGUUUAUGCAAGGAAAAGACUUGAAGCGAGGCCAACCCAGGACUCCCAGAGGAGCUGUGUUUGGUCACCUCCUUCUGAAUGCCACAUGUACUGAGGGACCCGUUCGGCGUCCUGCUUCUGAAUGGAUUUGUACAUACAUAUUUGGACAAGUUUACUUAAACCUGUGCACUGAGGCGUCAGUGUGGGUCACGCUGACACGGAGCUCUGUGGUCUGUGCGCUGGAGCUUUGGAGACGAGGGGUGAGGAUGGACUUGCAGAGAGCUGCCAAUCGCUAUGACAGAUGCAAUAAGACAUUUUUUUUUUUUAAUGUUUAGUCUGUGUACGAAGAGUGAAUGUGUAUGGAUUAAGCUUGCAAAAAAGCCCCCAAAAAAACCCCAAAACUCACUAAAAGGAAGACUGUCAACUCGAUGGUCCCUGAAGCUGGUGCACCUGUGGUGUCUUACGGGAUUCUUUUGCACUCCUUGGCCUUAAACACCUGAUUUGGUCUUUUUUAUAAAGCAAAAGAUUGU